AUUGCAUUUAUGCAUUACAAAUUUCGUUCUCAACGAAAAUCAGCAUUACAAAUUCAAUUCGUAAUGCUGCGCUAAUUUGUAAUGCAAUUUAUACUAGUACGAUACUUUAACUUUUGCAGUUCAUAUGCGAAAAAUGGGUCCACUGCGGGAGAUAUGUCGGCGGAAGAGGAGAUUGGAAAGAAGAUAGAGCCCUUUCACGCCGAUCUGGUCACAGCGGAGCUGCAGGCGGCGUACUACCGGGAGCGCGGAUAUGGAAGCGUCAGGAUUGAAAUCGUCAAAGUUGAAAUAGUUUGCGAUGCACAAAAUGCAAGGCAUGAAGUGCCUGUCUUGCCGGGAUGGCAAGUGAGGCCGAUUGUUGGCCUGUUUAGGGUUUGAAAUGGAGCUACUAAACUAGCAUGACAAAAGCAGUCUUCUGUGCUCGAACAGCAUGACAAAUUGGAUUCCGAUGCUCGGAAAAUUUGUCAUGCGCCGCCUGAUAAGUGGGCUUCCGACUGGUAUCGGUUUUAUGCAUGACAAACUAUUUGUUCAAUUUUGACGAUUUCGAUCCUGACACAUCCAUAGCGGACAGGAGUACGAGGUAGCGGCGAAGGCGAUCGGGAUCGUAUCCUGAGUAAAAACGUUCCAACCCUAUAGUCGUCAUGCAGAUCUGCAUGCUCAAAAUGCUUCUCAUGCAGAGCCCCAACAUGAGAAGCAUUUUCUAGUCGUGGUUUGGAACUUGUGAUGCUCCAAUCAGCAUAAUAUGCUAGAUCUGUAAUGCUACUAUAACUAGCUAAACAGGAUGACACUGCGGGGCCAAACUUGUCGUGCGCAACAGCCAAUGCUGGUUGAUUUGUGUAGCAGAUUGCCCAUCUUCACUAUGGGGUGGGGGCGUUUUCACUCAGGAUAGAUCGAAAAACAGAAACCGUGGAUCACAGGCGGGAACUGGUUGAUCUUCGUAUCGUCUGGAGAAAUAUCCUGUGCAAAAGUAUCGUACUCGUAGUAAUCGCAUUUGUGCAUGACAAAUCUUUUUUUCAAGGUAAAUCAGCAUGAGAAAUUCCAUUUGUCAUGCUGAGCAAAUUUGUAAUGCGAUUACUACUAGUACGAUGCUUUUGCAUUACAUAAGAAAACUUUGUACUUUAACUUUUGCAGCUUCCAUUGAUUCCUGCUUCCACAAGGUUUGUUUUUCGCAAAGCAUGAUAUAAUUCACUCGUGAGAUAAAUCGUAAGUCAUGAUAUGCUGGCAGCUCUGUAGUUGACGAAGUGCAAGAAGCAGGCAGAAGUUUACUAUCUCCCUUUGAUACGGCGAGAACCUGACUGCGCACGAGAAGCAGAUGCAGAAAAAGGCGGCCGAGUACCAGCAGCAGGCAGCCGACAUCACAAAGUCCUUUGCAGUUUAUGUAUCGACUCGUAAACUGUGCGUCGAUCAUCAUUUUCGUCGAACUCCUCGAAUAAGCAUCCACAACGUUUUUGACGUCAUGACAGAGAAGUAAGUAGUAGAGAGGGCUGCAAUGGGUAAGAGUUGCAUGCUCUUGUAUCUAUUUAUUAUGCGAUGAACAAAAGGACAACUAAAGCUAAAGGCAACGCGCCUUUUGCCAUGAAUUUCCUCGGUGAAGAAUCUAUAAACAGACUGAAAAUCAGUUUUCCAGCAGCAUUAGCGCGGGCCGGGGCUGAAGCGGCGGCACGGUGACCGAAUCGGAAAAAAUAACGGAAGAAAAACUACUACGGUAGAAGUUUUAGGUCGUGCGAUAAUGAUUGCAAACUCGUGCAGCUGGUGCAGUAGUUUCGUCCAGGUUUUAUUUUCCUGCACAAGUUGUAGACCGCUUUUCCUUAUCUUUUCCAUGACAAGUACCGCACGAAGGGCAAUUGUGCAUUUAGUUCUGUGCGUCACUUCGGACUUCUGCAAAAAGAAGAGGAGGUUAAGCUGUUUGUUGCUUGAUGUUUUACCCGCCUUUAGCCAAUAGAAAAACAAACUUUCCCUGUCGGGUACAGAAUCACAAGGCUCUUUGACGACAGGAUCGGUCCGCAAUGAUCUGCUUAUAUUUCCUACCAGUUUCAUCGGCUUGCUGAGUCUACUAGUCGGUUGUUGUAACUUCUCC